UCUCUGGUUUUAUUUUUUGUGGCGAGAAACAACAUCGGUAUUAUAAUGAUGGUAAACAGUAAAAAAUUAGAUGAAACAUGAGGGCCGCAUUAAAUUUAAUAUUCGGGUAGGAAAUUGGCACUCGGCUAAAUUACAGGUACCUAUCGGAUAUUUUCCCUAUCUUAUAUCCUAUUUACUUGCCUUUCACCCGAUUCCUAAUCCUGACCUACUAAGUAGUAACCUUAUCCUCCCUUUUUUUACCAUAACAGCCUCUCUGCAACCAUUUACCGAAGACCGGAGAAUGACACACAUCGAUUUUCCUGAUAACAUAUCGCCAUUUCCCGAUGCCGGAGACCUACUGUAUGGCAAUCGGACCGCCAUCUCAUCUCCUCUCGAGAUAGAAUUUCGAUCGCUGUUGCCUCUCCAGAAGCUUCGUCCAAUUAGAGGUAACAGAGGAGAUUCAGCGGAAUAUUCAGAUUGUCCGGCGAAUUUCCAUGAAGUUGAGUUCCGGGAAAAGGCUGAAUCCGCAAACUUACUGAAUCGUCACCAGUCAAUUGUUGCUCUUCCACCAGAAAUCGAAUUUGAGCCCUCGCUACCGAUACAGACGCUCCCUCCACUGAGAACCGGUGGAGAUAAUACGGAGUGUUGUAGUUCUCCCGCGAGCGCUGGUGAAGUAAUAGAAUUUCCUGAAAAGGAAGGUGAAUCUGGAAGCAGGUGGGAUACGCUUGCGCUGCUGAAGGUAGUUGACACAGGAAACAGGUGGCCGCAAGCGGAAACGCUCGCGCUGCUGAAAAUACGGUCGGAGAUGGAUGCGGAGUUCAGGAAUGCAAAGCCUAAGGGACCUCUUUGGGAGAUCGUAUCCAGGAAACUUGAGGGAUUGGGGUACCACAGAAACCCAAAAAAAUGCAAAGAGAAAUUUGAGAACAUUUACAAGUAUUACAAGAGAACCAAGCAAAGACAAGCAGGUGGCCAUGGUGAUAAAACAUACAAGUUUGUUGGUGAACUUGAAGCUUUAUUUAAUCAGAACAACAAGAAUCCUAGUUCUGAAACUUUGUCAUUGGAUGUUACUAGAAUCCAAAGCCCAGAACCUGUACAGAAUCCAAGACAAAAUAUCAGCUCGGAUACCAACCCAGUUGAUUUCCUGUCUGACUUCAUCUCUUCUUCUUCUUCUUCUGAUGAUGAUGAUGAUGAUUCAAUGUCAGAGGACAUUACAGAAUCCAUGAAUGGGAAAAGGAAGAGAAAAACAAGGAAGAAGCUUGAUCUUUUCUUGGAUAAUUUAAUGAAGAAGGUAAUCAAGAAGCAAGAAGAGAUGCAUAGACACUUGAUUGAGACAUUAGAGAAGAGGGAGAGGGAUAGGAUGAUCAGAGAAGAAGAAUGGAAGAAGCAAGAGAUGGAGAGGAUUAAGAAGGAUAAGGAGAUGAGGGCCCAAGAGACAUCUCGUAGCUUAGCCCUCCUUUCUUUCAUACAAAAGGUUUUGGGUCAGCAGUUCUACGUUCCACAGUCUCCAGAAUUGUCAUACCUUGGAGAAGAACAAGAUGAGAAACAUGAUAAGACAGAUUACAGUUUUGAUCCCAGUAACAGGAGAUGGCCAAAAGCUGAGGUACAAGCCCUUAUCACGCUUAGAAUCUCAAUGGACCAUAAGUUCCGAACUACUGUUCCAAAAGUCCCCUUGUGGGAAGAGAUAUCUCUUGCAAUGUCUGCCAUGGGCUAUAGCCGGACUGCUAAGAAGUGUAAAGAAAAAUGGGAGAACAUUAACAAAUACUUCAAGAGAUCAAUAGAAAAUCGCAAGACACGUCCUGAAAAUGCAAAGACAUGCCCAUAUUUUCAUGAGUUGGCUAUCUUGUACAAAAAUGGUCUCAUAAAUCCUGGAAAUGCCCUUAGUAAUACAACUAAUGCAAACGAGGACAAGAGCAUAACUGAAGAAAUACCUGAAUCUUAGAUCCUUGUUUCUAAUUCUUUUUUCAAUGUCAGACCUUGAACAAGGUAGUGAAAUUUCAGUCUAAUAGCCUCCCUUGACGUAUUUAAUGGCAUCAGUUUAUCUAUUAUCUCAUUCUCCCUGGUGCCUCAAUAUUCCUUUCAUCAGUCUGUUUAAUCACUCUAUAAGAGAACAUGUAAUUUUGCUCUUUCUGUAUACUUCUGAUGGAUUGAAUAGGUGUUCUAAGGAUAUUGAACAUAGUAACAAACAACUUUUUCCAUAUAAUUUUGAUAGACUAGUAGGAUGAUAUCUACCUCCAUUUGAACAAUCUGUAGUGAAAUAGCUUGUGUGGAGGUCUUGAACCUAAAGUUAUAAAAUCAAAGUGAUGGCCUGUUUUUUCUUU